ACUCGUUCAUUUUUAUUAUUAAUGAUUCAUAUCAGCAAAUUUUACUGGAUGGCAUUUGUUAUCAUUGAUUAGUAAUCUCAAGUGUUAAUACAUAAUAUCAGUGAUAUAAUAAAUGGAAGUGAAGAACAUAUUAGUGAAUUAUUAUUUGUAGAUCUGUUUUGAUGACACGACCAGGCUUGUAUAAUUAUAAAAUAUUAGAAGGUUAUGUGGCGCCUGUUCAAUAUAAAUAGCCUAUCCAUGUUAUGAUUGGGCUGCCACCCUAGUACAUGAAAAGCAAUGCAUGCUUCAUCUAUAAAAUGUUGACAUGAACGACACCGAAGAUAGAUCAUUAAAUUUAUGCUGUUGUGAAUACAUAGAUAUUGAUGAUGAACGGAAUCAUAUCUUAGGCUGCUGCUGCAAUUGUGUCGAGCUUGACUUAUGUGUUGACAGGCUGUUGAGGUGUAAGGGUGUCUCAUCACGUUCUGUGGGCCGGAUAGUGGCCACUAUGCAAGACCGCAUGCGCAUGCCGUGGCGAGGUGGUGCGAGGCAGCUCAGCCUCGACUCCGUUGUGCCUGUGGUUCUGCUGCCAGCUCUGGGCUAUAUUGCUGCCCAAGGAGUCUGGAUCUCCGUCAUUGUAUUCACCACGCUGCCCAUCUUUCUCACCUACGUGCACUACAUCAUCAUGAGGACCUCGUCACAGUCGAAAUUCUUCUACGUGUGGACCAUCAUGUCGGUGGCUCUAAUUGUGACCGUGUUCGAGGUUCCGGUCGUUGUCACUCUAGACAUCGCUCCGGAGGAACAUAAAAUAUUCCUGCUGUUUUCUGUGGUCAUGGUGUUCUGUGGGGCAAAGACAAGACUGACAGCCGAGCAGUCACACGUCAAGGGUGAUGUCAAGUCUGACGAGUGUGACCUCGAGUGUACGGUGUGCCACAAAAGUGUGCUGCCACGCACGUUUCACUGCUGCAUCUGCCAUACAUGUGUCGUCAAGCGUGACCAUCACUGCGCGUGGCUAGACUGCUGUAUCGGAGAGAGCAACUAUCGUUGGUACAUGGCAACUCUAUUGUCAGCAGUUUGUCAGCUUGCUUUCUGCUCCAACCUGAUUCUGACGACAGCAUGCCAUCCAUUUACACUGUUUGCCAACAUCAUGUUGCCUGACGACUGUAGUGAUGUCUAUUUUGAUAUUUUGUAUGCUACAAUAUUUGUUACGGCCUUGUACUCCCUGGAGGCGACAGUGUUGCUGUUGGCGUUAUUGGUCCACGAGUGCUGGCUCAUCUCGCUUGGCGUGACAGGACACGAAUGGCGAGCCCUCACAGUAAAAGUGUGCUGUGGACUGCGCUCCAGCCGCCCUUACAGCAAGGGUUUCCUACGCAACUGGUUCCACUUUUUCUUAGGUCCACGUUCAAAGCAAAUGUCAGCACUGACUAUAUAAUAGAGGCAGUGGAAACCUUCAGAGCACGCCAGGUUCACUUUACUCCUAGAUAAGCUUGGUCAACAAAAUUGCACUUUGUGUUGUGAUAAGGAAAAGUUCACUGUCUAUACAGGGAGGGUGCACCAAACAGAGUAGUCUCAUAUGAUUAUAUCAUCCUGCUCUGUUGAUUAUAACUCAUUGCAAUAACUGUUAUAUUUAUUCUGCAAGAAGAAGUGUGUUAUAACUGUAUUGUAGGAUCAAACAAGAAAGAGAGGGAGAGAACAAUACAUUCAUUUUCUACUCUCACUCACUCUCUCGCUCUCCACACCAGUUUAUAUGAUCUCUACUGUAAUUUAUAAGGCUUAUUUGUAUACAUUUUUAUAUGUACACAUACAAAGAUUUAAUGUAAAAAAGUUUUUAUCUGUUUUUGGAUCUUUUAAAUGGUAAUUUAUAUCUUUGUUUUAUUUUGUAUCGUGAACGGUUCAGUAUUGAUAUUUGUUAUUGAACUAUAAUUUUUAUUUUUUUGUAUUUUUAUAGAUAUUGUAAACCUAUACCAUUAUGUAUGUACAGGGUGUCCCAGAACUAUCUACCAAUAUUUUCAAGUAUUAUUUCUGAGGCAAACCAAAAUAUCACAUAAAAAUUUUGAAAUUCAUGAAUUACACAAAUAGCCGUCAUUUUGUUUUUACACUUAACUACUUUUAAUUUUGAGAAUGGCUUGUUGUAAUAAAUUUAAAUUUGGUAUGUACCUUUAUAACUUAAAAGCCUAUUACAGAAAACAAACUCAAUGUUUCAGAAGCUAUAUAUUGAAAAUGGCUACAUAAUAUUUUUAUUCGUUUGAAUGGUAGCAAUUGAGACAUAUUAUUGUGAAGCAAGUGGAAAAAAUGUUUCAUCAAUAUAUAGUUACUACAGGAUAGCUAGCUACCAUAAUGCAGUAAAAAUUAUUUUUUCCUAACUACUCCAUUCUAAUUAAUAAUUAUAGUUGAUAGAGAGAUGAAUGUCAAACCACGUUAAAUGCAGAUACUGAAGAGUUAAAAAAAAAAAAUAUCCAUCAUGUCCCCCUUUCAGUAUUUAACACAUAAAUUGCACUAAACUACCAAUUAUCGAUUAAUUUUAUCAACUGUACACUGGAAUGAAUUGAGCAGACACAAUCAUUUAAAGACAAGUAGAAGGCCUGGGUUUACAGUCAAAAGCAAAUAAAAUGUUUUUCUCGUACUCGGAAGUCCUAAUGUGAGUGGAGAAAAACCCCACACAAAUUGUAGUUAGUGUGAAAGUUUAUAUAUACAUAAAGCCUCUGCAAUAUCUCGUUUUUACUAUAUAAAUCCAAUAAAAGGUUGUGUUAUUAAAAGAGGAGAAGAUUAUUAUUUUGGUAAUAAAUAGAUGUACAUAUAUGUCAAAUCUACAUCAUUUCAGCGCCUGAGUCGAGGCAAGGUUGAGCAUUUAAUGAUAUGUUAGGUCUGAUAGAGGUUUAAGUAUCAAAGAUAAAGAUUUAUUGUCAUUGUAUAACUUGUACAAAAACUAUUGAAUCAAAAUGGGUGUAAAUCAUUAAUAUUCUUUGGGUUUUAUUCAAUGUUUAUUUUAUUUUUUUUUUAAUUUAGUCUAAAAAAUGGCUGUGUAUAUUGUACAGUAAACUAAGAUGUAUUAAAACAGUAUUUAUUUUAUUAAAGACAUUGAUUGAUUCUGAUUAAGAUACUAUUGCAUAUCACAAUAUUUAAUUUAUAGAAAGAUAUUAAAUUUUUUAGUGGAUUAUAAUAUUGUGUUUUGAUUUGUUUUGAUAAAACCAUAUAUUUAUACUGUUAAUUAAGGGUUAGGAUAAUUUAAAUAGACUCGGCUUGCUGGUUAGAACAGCACUAAAAAUGUUGAAAUGAAUAUAAACACUAAAUUAUAUAAGAACGAAUUGGCCAUUUAGUAGUUAAGUUAUUAAUGUGACAAGUAUCUUUAAAAGCCAUAAAAAACUAAUGAGACAAAAAAAUCAAAUUCAGAGACCUGCUAUUUUUAAUUUAAGGGAACUUUGAAGUCAUGUAUUGAAUAAAAAGUAUUAGUAUUAUUUUUUAUACUGUCUUUAACCAUUUUAAGUUUGCUAACGCUUUUAAUUUUUGUAAUGAAUCAUUAAAAAACUUGUUCUUAGCAUCAGUUGUUUUUUUCUGUUAAUUCAUUUGUAUCAAAGGAAUUUAUUUUAUCAUUGAAUCAAAUAAAUACAUGUUAAUGUAUAUUUCCUUUUGUAAUGUUUCUAAUCCUUGAUAACAAACAAACAUUUUAUUGAUAUAAAACAUUAAGUUAUGUCAUCAACGUCAAUAUUGUAACAAUUUUUGUUGAUUUAACCCUUAAAUGCUGAGAUUUCAAUGGUGACAUUACAGGCUACUGCCAGGUUUAUUUGCCGUGCAAAGAGCUGCUCCACAGUCAGCACAAAUGUAGCAUUUCUCGUCCACCAUGAUCAACUUCAGCGAUAUCUUCAUUUAUCAAACUGCCAUCAGUAUCUUCUGAUAAUGUCAGGUCGUGGUUGAUAAAUGAAGUCCGUAUCGCAAUCCAUCAUCCUCAAAAAAGUUACACUACAGAAUCUCUAACCACAAUACAUCCGGACAAACCUAAUAUUGAACAAACAUCCUUAUCAUUAUUCCUGCCAUCCUGACUGAACCACAAUCAAAAUAAACAACCUUUGCAGUAGCAACUUCAAAAACUCCAUUGAAAAAACUAGAAAACAAUAACAUUCUGUUUUUAACGUCCAGGUAAAACUUCACCAUGUGCUUUCAUGAUGUUUCCAUAAUUGACCAAAAUACAAAAAAAAUCCAAAAUCCAAAUCCAUCAAAUCCAAAAAAAUGAUUUUUUUAAAUUUUGGUUUCCAUCAAAUUGUAGUAGCAAUUAAACACCACUACUGUGAAUUUGUAGUAGUUCUGAUAAACACUACUAGAGGCCAGUGUGUAUUAUUGUACAGCUGUCGGGCGUCGUGUAGCGAAGCAGCUUUGAAUGUGACAACACAGGUUUGGCAGUUGGAGGGUUAAAGAAUGAAGUAUUAAAAUAGAUCUAAACAUUUAAAACACAAUUAAAGACAUAACCCUAUUAUUACAGUAGCAUACAUGAAAUGUUGCUAAGGUGGUUCAGUAUUUUAUAAGUAUUAUUUGUUAAGUUAGGUUUUGUAGAGUUUACCUAUUGAUAAAUUAUUGUGCUGUUAUAUAAAGGCUGAUUACCACACGUCUUUGACACUUCGUCUUUACUCACACAAGCCGAUUGUGUUAUACUGUACUAGUAAUUAGUUUAAGUGCCUAUUAAUAAAUCUUUUUUGACUGAUGG